UGGGUUGACACGACGUUCCCUGAGAAUUUACUGCAAGAGUUUACUUCCAUGCCCACCAGCUGUUCAUAUUUGCUGGUCUUUCCUCGUUCUUUAUUACCCCGGCGCUAUCUGAACUGUAGUCUUGCUCCAUGGAUCCAUUCCUUCCCUCUGUAUUCCUCUUCUUCGUUCUGUGCUCCAUCCUGUUAAACGGUGGUGGUUUGUCAGCGAUUUUGUUUUGGCUUGCUGUUGUUGCUGGGCUGUCCUUGUUGUUCCAUCAUUUUUCUCUCUCUAACCGUGUUGUUGUGCCAGUUGGUGGUAGGCGGACGCAUGCUUUGCUUGCCGCUUUGACUGCAUUGCUUUGUUCGGCGCUUAUUUGUUGGAAAAUAUACUACGUGUACUCUAAGCAUGUCGCCGUUGUUUGUUUUUUCCUCAUCACCUGUUUCGCGCUGUCUGCUUUGUUGUUGUACGGCCUCACUUCGGACAGCUUGACACUGGAAGAGCAGGCCGUCGAGCGUCUUGUUCACAUGGUCUGAUUUCCCCCUUUGGUGCCGGACAAGAUGUACUCGUAGUACAGUCGUCCGUAUACCAAAAAACCAGCGGGGACGUAGCCCUUCCCGCCCAGGUUUGGGUGUAAAUUUCUUGGAAACUUUUGUCUCCGGUCUUCUUGCUGCCUAUAAAUAGUCCCGACCCGCAAGGAUUCAUAAGCCAGCUCGUUGUUACUUCCCUUUACGAUUCUCCAAUAUGAUGAGCUCGGUCCCUGAUGGUGUCCGGCUGCCGGCCGCUUGGAACUAUGGUGCUAUUGAACGAGCUUUGCGGGACGCAGAUGCCCGUGGCGACAAGUCAAUCUUUGAACCCGAAGUAGGCAAGCUGUUUGAUUCUCCACAAGAGGGGUUUGAGUUCUUUAACAUGUAUUCUUGGGAACUCGGAUUUGGAAUCCGUUUUGGCCGUAGCAGAACUAGCAUUUCCGGGAGAAGGACCAGGCAGGAUAUCGUUUGUGCCUGUGAGGGGCGAGAUUCUAGCGAAGAGGCACGAUCCGUGCGUUGUGGUUGUGCGGUAAUGAUUCGCCUGCUGCGCAAGGACGAUGACUCUUGGUUUAUUAGUCGUUUUGUGGGCGCCCAUAACCAUCCUCUAUCCUCUACCUGCGGUGAGAGAAGGCAGUGGAAGUCGCACAGCAGGAUAGAUCAAAUGACGCGUGACCUAGUACAAAAUCUUAGGGCUAACAACGUCCAAAUCUCUAGAGUUUGUUCUAUUUUGGGGAGCAUGCAUGGUUCUAGCAAAUAUGUUCCUUUUAGUCGCCAGUCAAUUAGGACUCUUUGUGGGCGGCUAGCUCAAGAGUCGAUUGAGGGUGACACGGGCAAAACAAUUGGGCUCUUUGCCGGCAUGAGGGAACAAGAUCCAGCUAUGGUUGUCAGGAUGCAGUUGGAUGAUGGGAGGCGGAUCAAAUCUCUGUUUUGGUGUCACGGUGCUAGCCGGUUCAAAUAUUCUUGUUUUGGGGAUGCAAUCACUUUUGAUACUACUUACCGAACCAAUUUGUACAACUUGCCGUUUGGUUUGUUCGUUGGCGCUAACCAUCAUUUCCAGACCGUCAUAUUUGGAGCUGUGCUGCUUACAGAGGAGACUACGGAUGCUUUUCAGUGGGCAUUCCGUACCUUCGUUGAAGCUAUGGAUGGUCUACGUCCUAAAACAAUCCUUACUGACCAGUGCCCGGCCAUGAAAUCUGCAAUUGCAAUUGAACUCCCGACCACUCGGCACAGGUGGUGCAAAUGGCAUGUUCUGAAAAAGGCUAAGGAGUCCCUAGGAGGCAUAUACAGUAAGAACUCUGUUUUUAAGAAGCAGCUGCAUGAGCUUGUAGAUGAGAUUGUUUCUAUCCCAGAGUUUGAGACUCGUUGGGCACAAUUGGUAGAGGAACAUGGUCUUGGGGCAAAUGAGUUUCUUGCUCGAGCUUACCAGAACAGAGAUAUGUGGGCUAAACCUUUUUUCACUGAAACUUUCUGCGCUGGGAUGACUAGCACUCAACGCAGUGAGAGCGCUAAUCAUCUUUUGAAGACUUAUAUCCCUAGGUCGGCUCCCAUGCAUCUUUUUGUUUCCUAGUAUAACAGAAUGAUAGCAGAUAGUGAUGCCGAUGAAGGAAAAGAAGAACAUGCUACUAAACAGGCUCACCGUUCUCUGCGCGUUGGGGUGCCUCUGGAGUUACAUGCUGCUCAAGUUUACACCAGAGCUAUGUACGAGAGGGUUUCCAAGGAAUUGUUUAAAUCCGGUAAAUUUGCUUGCGCUGACGAACCUGAAGCUGGGAACUACAGAGUUAUCCUUCUCGAUUAUGGCCCUUAUAUGGACCAUGGUCUAGUUGAGUACUGUGUCGGUUCGAACCCAUCUGCAACAGAUUUCUUUUGCCAAUGCAAACGUUUCGAGCAUUGCGGGAUCCCCUGUCGUCACAUUCUGAAGGUUCUGACCCAUCAUGGUUUCACUGAGAUUCCUGCUGGCCUUUUGUUGAAGCGAUGGACCAGGGAAGCAAAGUCGGUUGGUGAUCCUAAGCUUGCUGCUGUCAUUGCGGCGCAGCAGGUUACUGAUCUCGAUGUCGCUGGUAUGCAUACUUUGCUCUAUGCAGCUGCUAUGGAGCUGGUUGGUUUAGGUUCAACGUCUAGGCCAGCUUUUGAAAUCGGGAUGCAGUCUUUAUCUCGUGCGAAACAGGCCAUUACUUCUUUGACAGUGAUCAGUGACGAUGGAGCGAUGGGGUCUGGUCUUGGUUCUGACCACCCAACCGAAGAAAUGGGCAGUGGUAAUGAACUGGCAAGUGCCAGCGCGCCACCGCGCGUUCGUUCUCGGGGUAGGCCAGCAAAGUGCCGUUUUAAAUCUCCUUUGGAGAGCCCAGGUGCUAGCAAGCGCAAGGAAGCACAACCAAUGGGUGUGCGCCAUUCGAAGAGGCUGAAUGCUUCUAGUCGCAGCAAUGUUGCUGAAGGUAAAUGCAGGUUGUGCGGCUCUGAUGGUCACUACGCUAAUGCUUGUCCUGAGAACACUGUUUAG